UCUCCGACACUAGAGGGAGACAAAGAACGCUGGUAUCUGCCAAUAUUUGGUGUUUACCAUCCACAAAAGCCUGAACAAAUAAGAGUGGUGUUUGACUCCAGCGCUGAGUGUCAAGGCGUGUCACUGAACGACGUCCUGCUCAGGGGUCCAGACUUAAACAACACACUCUUGGGCGUCUUAAUGCGCUUCCGCAAGGAUGGCAUUGCACUAACGACAGAUGUGCAACAAAUGUUUUACUGUUUUGGUGUACGUGAGGAUCACAGAGAUUACUUAAGGUUUCUCUGGUAUGAAGACAACAAACCAGAUAGAAACAUAACUGAGUACAGGAUGAAAGUCCAUGUAUUUGGGAACAGCCCCUCACCAGCCGUAGCCAUCUACUGCAUGAGACGAGCAGCUCUACAGGGUGAGAAGGAAUACGGGUCAGAACCCAAGCAGUUUGUAGUGAGGAACUUUUAUGUCGAUGAUGGGCUGAUAUCAGUAGCUACUCCAGAAGAAGCUAUCAACAUUAUGAGAAAAACACAAGCAAUGUUAGCGGAGUCCAACAUGAAACUACACAAGAUUGCAUCCAAUAGCAAAACAGUUAUGGAAGCCUUCCCCAUGGAGGACCGUGCCAAGGACUUAAAAGACUUGGAACUCGGAGUAGAUCCUCUCCCUUUUCAACGGAGCCUGGGACUUUCCUGGAACCUGGAAACAGACAGCUUCACAUUCCAGGUGUCCCACAAUGAGAAGCCUUUUACACGGAGAGGCAUCCUGUCCACAGUGAAUAGUCUUUAUGACCCCCUUGGGUUUGUGGCUCCAAUAACAAUGCAAGGGAAAGCCUUAAUCAGAGAACUCUCUUCUGAUCAGAGUGAGUGGGAUGCCCCCCUUCCCACAGAAAAAGAAGAGGAAUGGAAAAUGUGGAAGGAAUCUUUGAUGGAGUUGGAACAUCUGUAUAUUCAGCGGCCCUACAUCCUAGUCUCCUUGUCUACCACUCAAAGAAGAGAGCUGCACAUCUUCUCGGAUGCCUCUACAGUAGCCAUAGGAGCGGUAGCCUAUCUGAGAGUUAUUGACUCGGAAGGUCAAUGCCAUGUUGGAUUUGUCAUGGGGAAAUCUAAAUUGGCCCCUCGACCGGCCCACACUAUCCCAUGCCUAGAACUGUGUGCGGCUGUGCUAGCUGUUGAGAUGUAUGAACUGAUCAGAGACGAAAUAGACAUUGAUGUAAAUGCAGCCAAGUUCUACACAGACAGUAAGAUAGUUCUCGGUUACAUCCACAAUGUCACCAAAAUAUUUUAUGUGUAUGUUGCCAAUAGGGUAACUCGUAUCAGGAAGUCUACCCAUCCAGACCAGUGGUGUUACGUAAACACUGACAGCAAUCCAGCAGACCAUGCAACCAGGCCCAUACGAGCCGCACUCUUAAAGCACACCAGUUGGUUCUCAGGUCCCCCUUUUCUGGCUCAAGCAAACUCAAGUGAGUCUGAGACCAUCAAUUUUGACCUUGUAGAGCCUGACGCAGACGCAGAGAUUCGGCCAGACGUCACUGCCUUCGUCACUAAGGUUUCUGGAGCUCAAUUCGGCUCUCAUCGCUUUGAGAGGUUCUCGAACUGGAAAGCUCUCAAUCGAGCCACAGCACGACUCAUUCAUGUUGCCAGAUCCUUUCACGAAAGUGCGGACGACAACAACUGCAGAGGCUGGCAUCAGUGUAAAAAACCAUGCAGUACAAGUGAGUUGUCACAAGCCAAAACAACAAUCAUUCACUGUGUGCAACAUGAAGCCUUCAAAGAGGAAUUCAAAUGCCUUGAGAAAGGAAAAGAGUUACCAAAACAAAGUACACUCAAAAAGCUGAACCCAGUGAUUGAUGAGGAUGGGUUGCUGAGGGUGGGAGGCCGAUUAUCCUCUGCUGACCUGUCACAAGACGAAAAACAUCCUCUCAUCAUCCCACGGACGCAUCAUGUCGCCACUCUGCUGGUAAGACAUUAUCACGAGCAAGUGGCUCACCAGGGCCGUCAUUUUUCAGAUGGAGCUAUUCGAGCAGCAGGCUUCUGGAUUAUUGGGAGCAAACAUCUGGUCUCUGGUAUCAUCCACAAGUGUGUCACCUGCCGUAAGGUUAGAGGAAAGUCAGUUGACCAAAAGAUGGCGGACUUACCUGCAGACAGACUCACAUCAGAGCCACCAUUCACCAGUGUUGGACUUGAUGUGUUUGGACCAUGGAAUGUCAUAACUCGUCGCACUAGAGGUGGUAGUGCAGACUCCAAGCGCUGGGCGGUACUCUUUACAUGUAUGUCUACUAGAGCAGUCCAUAUUGAGCUCAUCGAAUCCAUGUCCACAUCCAGCUUCAUCAACGCACUGAGGCGUUUUUUCUCUAUCCGUGGUCCAGCAAAAGUGCUACGCUCUGAUCGAGGUACAAACUUUAUAGGUGCCUGCAGGGAACUGGGAAUCGACACAAAUGACUCAGAGUUGACUAAAUACCUCUCAGACAAGGGAUGUACUUGGAUAUUUAAUCCCCCACACUCGUCUCAUAUGGGUGGUUCUUGGGAGAGACUCAUUGGGGUUGCCAGACGUAUCCUUGAUGCUAUGCUGUUUCAGACGGGCUCCACUCGUCUCACACAUGAGGUCUUGAGCACUCUUAUGUCUGAAGUUAUGGCAAUAAUCAAUGCGAGACCCCUAGUGUCAGUGUCAACCGAUCCUGACAUGCCUGCCAUUCUUACACCCUCAAUGUUACUGACACAAAAGACCAACGCUACCUCAGCCCCUUCUGGAUAUUUCCACAUGAACGAUCUUCAUGGAAAACAGGGGAAGCAAGUCCAGUGUCUCGCUGACACUUUUUGGAAAAGGUGGAGACAGGAGUACCUGACAACACUGCAGAGACGCAGAAAAUGGACAGCAGAAAAGCCAAAUGUGAAAGUGGGAGAUGUUGUCUUAUUGAAAGACAGUCAGACGCACAGAAAUGACUGGCCAGUCGGACUUGUGGUCAAAACCUUUCCCAGUACUGACGAAAAGGUCAGGAAAGUAGAACUAAAGGUUGUCAAGCAAGGGAUUGCUAAGGUGUUUCUGAGACCAAUCUCAGAGAUUGUUGUUCUUCUUUCUGAAGCAUCCUAGAGGCAAAAUAUUUUAUUUCAUAGUGGCACAAUUUC